CUUUUUUCCCUUUUUUAUUUUUAUUUAUUUUUUUUAAUUUCACUUUCUGCAAAUCCCCAAACCCAAAUUAACACACGGAUUACACAAAUUCCCGGUUUAAUGGAGAAUUAUCAGAUGUUCUUCCCUUGCUCCAACGGCGGCGGACUGUCGGCUUAUAGUCAACCCGACAUCUCAUCCGGCACCGCCUCUGACAUGUUCCGGAAUUUUCACGGCGGCGAUCCGCAAGCAAGUGGCGUUUUGGGGCUUAAGACAGAGGUGGUUACGGCGGCGGUGGAAGCCGACAGGAACUGUGGCGGCAGCGCAAAUAAGAAAGGGGAGAAGAAGGUGAGGAAACCCAGAUAUGCUUUUCAGACGAGGAGUCAAGUUGACAUUCUUGACGAUGGAUAUCGUUGGAGAAAGUAUGGUCAAAAAGCAGUCAAAAACAACAAGUUUCCUAGGAGCUAUUAUCGGUGCACGCAUCAAGGGUGCAAUGUGAAGAAGCAAGUGCAAAGACUAACCAAAGAUGAAGGGGUGGUGGUAACGACGUAUGAAGGCAUGCAUACACACUCCAUUGAUAAACCAACAGACAACUUUGAACAAAUCUUGAGUAGAAUGCAGAUUUAUAGUACUCCUUUUUGAGCUCAAACUCAGCAUCCGUUCCAUUUCAUAACCAAGAACGAGAACGAGAACGAGAACGAGAACAAGAACAAGCUCAAGAACGAUCAAAUCAUGUUUGGUUCUUCUUCACCUUCUCUGUUUGUUUUUUUCGUGUAGAAAUAAAUAUAUAUACAAGUUUCUUCGUAAUAAUAAAUCCAUAUUUCAUUUUCUGUUA